AUGGUCUCUUCUGUCCCCAUCCUCAUUGGAACCAACUUCUCCGAAUGGAAAGAGAAAGUUGAGUUCACAUUAGGUGUACUAGAUUUGGACUUGGCACUACGUGAAGAAGAGCCUAGCCAACUCACUAAUGAUAGUACUGAGGAAGAAAAGGCUUUCCAUAAAGCGUGGGAGAACGCUAACAGAUUGAGCAUCAUGUUCUUAAGGAUGACAAUAGCUAGCAACAUCAAAACUUCCCUUCCAGUUGCAGAGAAAGUUAAGGCUUAUCUAGCGGCUAUAAAAGAACGGUUUAAGACUGCAGACAAAUUCCUUGCUGGAAAACUUAUGGCAGAUCUUACAACCAUGAAACAUGAUGGCACAAGGUCUAUGCAUGAACAUUGCAUUGAAAUGACCAAUCUUGCGGCUAAGCUAAAGGGUUUAGGAAUGAGUGUGGAUGAUUCAUUUCUUGUCCAGUUUAUCCUAAACUCUUUACCUCCUCAGUAUGGACCAUUCCAAAUCAAUUACAACGCCAUUGUUGAAAAGUGGACGUCGAUUGAAUUGGCUAACAAACUGGUCUAA